AUGAGUAUAAGUAAUAAGGACUACCUCAUUUUAAAAAAAGAAAGCCCCGAUUGUCCAACUGUUCGUGUUAUACCAGUAGAAGAAUAUUACGAUGUAUUGUCAGAUAUUCAUAGAAGUUGUGGACAUGGUGGUCGAGACAAAAUUCAGUAUCAAAUAAAGGACAGAUUUAUUAUUAAAGGUAUCGUAGUGAAACCGAUUAUAUCUCGAGAUUUUAAUGAGCGGGGUCAAGUCGAUCUGAUUGACUUACAGUCAGCACCAGAUGGUGAGUUUAAAUGGCUUCUUAACUACCAAGAUCAUAGCACUAAGUUUAUACAUCUCAGACCACUUUGUACAAAAAAGGCAAGUGAAGUUGCCACGGAAUUGCUCAAAAUAUUUUUAGAAUUUGGAGCACCAUAUAUACUGCAGAGCGAUAACGGCAAAGAAUUCACCGCCAAUAUUAUUGAGGAAAUGGUUAAAAUGUGGCCUGAAUGCAAAAUAAUACACGGAACACCGCGACACCCUCAGACCCAAGCCCUCGCGAUCUCGUGCCGCAGAGUCCGCUCGUGCUCCGCGGCGGCCUUCAUGUCGGCCUCGUGGGACACCGCCGCCUAA